AAGCAAGAUGCUAGAAUGAUACGCUCUUUUCUUGUGUCAAUGCGACCACAUUUUGCUGCUUCAAAGCGUCUAAUCUUUUGUAAUGUCUUCAUCUAGACUUCUAUCUGUAAUACAGCGAUAAUGGCAAUAAGCCACAAAUCAUUCCGUACGCACAAAAAGAAGCCCCAAAGCUAAGGUUCUAUGCCCUGCCGGAUGCAUAGAACCAAACCCCGUAACCACCGCACAGAGAGAAAGAAGGAGAGUACGAGAAAGAGCAAGCGAGCGAGAAUGAGAGGGAGCGAACGAGAACGCCUCUCGGCCGCCACCGCGGAAUACGUCCAACGCAGCCGAAAGUGAGAGAGCGAGCGAGAGAGUGAAUGCGUCAAACGGCGAGAGAGGAGCGCAGAUGAAAGAAAAAUAAUACGGUCGCCAUUACGUUUUCGCUUGUGCUUGAUAAACGUGUUGUGAGGAAAAAUCGAAAAAGCACCCGUAAAAAGGUGCCCACCGCGGCUGAAACUAUCGCCAAACGGAAGCGUACGACACGUGCUACCGGAAAGUGGUGCAGUACACUCGAUUACGUAUUUACUAAAAAAAGCUUCUCGGGAAGAGUGCUAAGGCGAUCGUGAACAGUGUAAUCGUGCAACAUUGUAGGGCAAUUACAUCAGCACACACCUAUCUCCCGGCGCAGUUUAUUCCUCGACCAGCAACAACCUGUCAAUGGGUGUGGAAGGAUAGUAAUAACUUCCUCGUAGCAGUGGCCGUUCUUGUUACCCUGUACAAUAUUCUGCUCGGUUAGCAACACGCUACUCCCGCCGUACACGAUAAACAGUACCCGCGACAGGAUACAAACAAACCGAUGCAACAUUCGUUGCGACCAAGGCAACCCACCAACAGCGCUCGGUACCGGUAAAGCCACCACCAGCACGUUAGACGACCCCCGCUUGUACAUGUGUGCUUACAGGCGGCAAACAGCAAUUAAAACCACUAUUCCUCAGUGAGGGGUUUAAAAAGUAUGGACGAUGAGCAUGGAUCCGAAGCCACUAUUACCUCAGCUGAUAAAAAUACGCCACCGACGACGGAGCCCAGUACGCAGCCCGAUUGCAUCACAAAGCCGGAGGUCGCCGGCGAUAUUCCGCUAUCAGCUACAAUCGAUACAGAGGGCGGCGAAAUGGAAGAAGAUAGCGAAUCGCUUGCGUCGCAAUCGUGCCAACCGCCCGAGCAGAAUGCCACAGACGCGGACGUGGCGGCAACGGCACCACCACCGGCUGCAGGCAAAAAUGCCAGUCCAGGGAAGGACAAACCAUUCGAGGAAUGUCAUGAUGCAUCCACGAGCGGGGGAGAAAUGGCACACGCCACCGGCCAGAAGGCAUUGGAAGCUGCUGCAGACGGGAGUGGCGAUGCAGACCAACAGCAGAAGGAGGAAACCAUCGUCGCAGUCAAUGGCGCCGAAGAGGAAUGUUCUGAAACAGUCGAAGGUGUGGAGUCGGGCGUCGAUACGCAUGUUGUUCAGUCGGAUUUGCCUGACGCCGCCCGAACAGACAUGGACGUUGAGCAAAGUGUCGCGACCGAGCAGGAUGAACUGGUACUUGAUACCUCCGCAAAGGAGUCAACUUCGACGCAGAAAGACGAUUGCCAUCCGGAAGUUAGUGAGGAAAAGAUUUCCAGUGAGAUAAAAAGCACUGCCGAAUCGGGUGAAGCGUUGCCGGAAGAUAUGGAUGCUGACGUUGGUGGUGCGACCGAGCCGACAGAGCCCUGCGGAUGGAGCCAUGCAGCGGCAGAGGAUCAGCUAGCAAAAGAUAACAGCCCGCCUGAGGAAACGGCUGCAAAAGAAGUAUCCGGCGACGAGGCUGGAGAAUCGUGCUUAAAUACAGAGACGACCUCUUCGUCACAGGCACACAUUUCACAAGCAACGAAAAGUAGUCAAGAAUGUAAUGAAAGUGUAGAUACGAGUAAUGUGGAAAUGUCUGACGCUUCAGAAGCAGAUGGCACAGCUACCAUAGGUGUAAAGGCAGAAGCAGCCGCGUCGGCAGCUGCGACCGAGUCGGAGCCAAACGUUAUUGAAAAAUCGCUUUCCGAUCCUGAGAGCAGUGCUGCUGCUGAAGACGGUAACCAUAGUAACGUCACGCCAGAGAAGGAACAAACAGCCCACCAGGGUGAACGAAGCAGAUCUGCGUCGCCUUUGGGCGGCCAACCAGAGAGGAGCAACCAUCCAUCGGAGGACGACCGGCAAAGUAGUACAGGCAGUAGUAAAGUUGUAAAUAUUUUAACCCCAGAACGCGCAAGCACAGAUGUGCAAGAUACAUUUAUCAACGGUAUGAGCUCAACCUCAACUCCGGAAGCGGCUGGAAACGAUUCCUCAGUGGACAGUGAAAAGGAAGAGAAGAAAGAGAGCGAAACUGAUCGCAAGGAACCAGAACUACAGCCCGUUAGUUGGUCAGAUACGGAGGGCAUGAAGGAAAGCAUGGCGCCGCACUUAACCGCCGCCACGAAUUCGCUAAAGCGCCGUGCAUCGGACACACCUUUGGAGGGAGAAAACGAAGAGCGGAAGAGAAGGAUGUCUAGUGGUGAAAUUCAGUUAAAGCAAAUGAAGUUCGAUGAUCAUCAUCCGCCCUCCGUUUCAUCGGACGGAGCGACAGAACGUGUUGCAGUGAAAGAUAGUUGCUCGCCGCAGCGAAUAGAUGAAGAAAUGCGUGAGAUGAGCGAAUGUGAGCAAGUUACUCAAAAGGCACCAGCAGCUGACGAUUUGGUUGUGGAGCGCGUGAUGGAAAGUGAACAGGCUGAACAAACGGACGUUAACCUCACGGAUGGUAAGAGCGGCGAGGAAAACAACCUGAACCAUUCAAUCGAUUCCGGCAAGUCGUCGCUCUCGAUCGAUGCCUCCGCCGAGCAGCUAAUGGAUCGACCGCUAACGCCACGCAUACCAAAAGAGCUGGAAGACGUUGGGGAAGAAGACGGCGAAGGUAAAUCGUUCGCGCUCGUCCACCACGAGCAGAAUGAACCAGCCGAGCCGGCGGACGGUAAUAGCAGUAGCAGCAGUAACAGCUCCAGCUCUACGGACAGUUCUUCGUCGUCGUCCUCUUCGUCCUCGUCAUCUUCGGAAAGCGAUAGUUCCGGCGAUGAGGCUGAACCAAGCGAGGAACAAGUGUCGCCCGCCAAACAAUCAACACCAAUAGCUGGACGGUCGGUUGUAAGCGAAGCGCCCGGCUCAGCGGUUACACACGUGCCGGAAUCCGACCGACAGGGACAUCAUUCCGAGCAGGAUUCCUCGGAGGAUAGUUCCAGGGACAGCACAGCGAUGGAAGUGGACGAGUCGGCAGAUUCGGAAGAAGAAAGACCGGGCCAUCGGGACGACGAGGCAAAGAUUACUCGUAGCGAGGGCCUAAAGUUGUCGAUAUCGUUGAAACGGUCAUCAACCGUCGCCACUCCAAAUAGGAGCGAGGAGACGCCAUCGGCGGGUAAAGCAACGGGUGUCCUGCAACCUACACAACCUUUGCAGCCGGUCGAUUUCAGCAACAUUUUGAAGAAGGGCCUGCUGUUGAACGAAAACAAGGGCCUGAUCAAGAUCGACUACAACCAGGUACCGGUCAUGAACUACUCACAGCAGGGCACGACGGCUUGCGAGCCACCGCAAAUCCAACCAUUGCCAGAGCCCGCCCCUCUACCCGCCUCGCUACAUCAACUGGCGGAAUAUCGACCUGUGAUGCAAAAUCUCACCCCCUGGAACAAUGAUGGAACAAGUAUGGCGACAGGAAACAUUUUGAAAAACACGCUGAUAUCAAAACACUUAAGUAGCAUUGGACAGUUGGGCAAAUCCGUGCCGCUGCUGGCUCCACCAGCGCAGGACGAGUCGUCGGACACGAUGGACGAGGAUAAUCGUCUGGUGAUUGCCGAGAAGCAGCGUCGCUAUAGGAAGAAAAACACUAACAGCCAUGCGACGCUACCGGCUGCGCAUCAGAUGAACUCGACCAUGUUCCCAUACCAACAAAUGCACCUACUGCAGGAGCAACAGUUUUAUCCCGGUGUGUCCGAUGCGCUCCACAACAACAUGCACAGUUUGCACGGGUUUGCGAACACGAGUUUAGCCAACUAUGGAGCAACGGUUGGGCUUCCGACGCCACAAACCCACAAUGCCGCCCUAGCUGCCUACCCUACGCUGCCCGGUGCUGCUGCCGAAAGAUUGCAACAUUUCAUCGAUGCCGCGCAGCUGGCUGCUCAACCGAAGGGGAACCAAUCGAAGGCAAGCAACACUAAGCGGCCGGCAGAACGAAGGAAACGAAAUCAAGCUAAACCGGGAGCUGCUGGCGGCAAUGGCCCUGCCCUGGGCGACCUUACCUCUCCGCUAACGGCUAGCUAUAUGCAUUUGUCCAAGCUUAGCAAACCGAACGAAUACGCUCAGCAGCACCAACAGCAGCCGCCGCCGACGCUUCCAAACGCUUCGCAGCUGUCUGCGCUUCACAGUCAUCCCGACAGCAGUCACAUGCGUCUGGAGUCGAUGGGAAACCCUCCACAAGUUCCAGCGAUGCAGCAGCCACCACCACCGCCGCCGCCCGAGAAGAAGAAGGACAAAAAGAAGGUGUUCCUCUGUUCGCCGUGUGGUACGCACUACGAGAAUUGGAACUUGUUCCUGCACAUGCGGGAGGUCCAUCGUAAGCACAUUUGUCUCUACUGCUUGGGCAUCUUCCCGUCGGCGGAACGGUUGGUAAGCCAUCUUGGCACGAAGCACGGCGUGCUGAAGAAGCAUCACGGAAGUUUGGAAGAGUAUCUGAGGCAGUGCCACUACGACGAUGCCGAUCGGACGGUGGCCGAUGUACAGCACACGGUCCAGCAGCAACCGUUCUAUUUGAUGUGCUCCCGCUGCGAGCACAUGUUCGAAAGCAACGUGAACGAUGUGCAGCAAAGGGAGGAACAGCUCCGGGCCCAUGAUUGUGCGAACUAUCUCGAAACGUGUGGUAGCUGUGGCCAGCUGAAGCAGGCCAAACAUCGGUGCGAUGGUGUGAACGGUACGCUGGCGGGUGGCAAAAAGAAAGCACCGAAAAAGUCCUUGCCCGGUGGUUCCGGCUACGCUAAUGGACCUCUGGCUGGCAAUGAUGCAGCGGCUGCUGGCGUGAAACUGAACGGAAAUGUGCCGGAGAGUGGGUUCAGUAGUACCAACCAGACGCUCGGUACACCGAAGGGAGGAACGCCAUCAAAGGGAGUCGGUAGUAAAUCAUCGAGCAAGAAGAAACAACCCCAAAUGCAACACAGUCAUCAUCAACAGGAGCAACAGCAGCACCAGCAACCGUUUAUUGGCAGCUCUAUCCUAGAGACGCAACUCUUGAAGGACGUUAAAAGCGCAGAGUUACAUGCUCCAAUUGGAAACAGUUACGAAGGCGCUCUUCAUCCAGGCAUUGGUGAUGUGGAUGGCGCAUUUGCUCAACCUAUAGCAGAAAGCUACGGUCAUUUGCAGUACCCUACACCAGUGAUGAACGGUGAACUAACGCAUCAGAAGGAAUUCGUUCCACCCGUCAUCAAUGCAACGACUCCACCAGCGCACGAACCUAGUGAGUCCACUUCAUUGACAUGCGUUGUUGAUCAGCAAGCGAACGAACCGCCUCCUCCACCGCCAGCAGUGACUCCUCUAGUGCCAAAGUUAAAGGUAAAAAUACCGAUCCAGUAUCUGACGCCGAUGGAAAGCGAAGAAUCGUCCGCAGAAAGUGACGAUGAGGAGGAGGACGAAGAGGAGGAAGAGGAAGAAGAAGACGAAGAAGAGGAAGAGGAAGAGGAAGAGGUCAAGGAAGAUGGCGAAGAACCGGCAGAAACGGUGGCGACAGCAGAAGAGAACGAACGGAACAGUCAUGCUGAAAUGGAGCAAGCUGAAGGCGGCGAACUGGCGCAGAAAAUCGAAACAGAUCGUGAACAUCUAGAAGAGCACCAGGAAGCAUUUGACGAGAACAAACCUGACCACACACCAGCGGAAGAACAAGAGCAAAUAAAACAGGACAAUGUGGAAGUGGCGGAAGAUACGGCACUGCAGGAGCCAAUCCCUAUGGAUAUCGAUGAAAGCCUCAUGAUCGAGCGAAGGCGCGAUGUACCAACCAGAGCGUCGACCGAUGCAAAACAAUCGCCGGAAGAGAUUGGGGAUGGUGCUGCUGGUGAAGUGGCGGAAGGAAACAAAAUUGCUCCCACGGACGGACCAUCGGAUGGUUCUACCUCUCUCGCGGCUUCCGUCGAGACAAGUGCAAAUGUGGAGGAUAAAACGGAACCGAUGGACGCUGUGCCCACUCCAUUGGCGUCCGAAACGGAACAGAACGAACCGCCUCCGCAGUGUGAAGGUGUUGCGGAAGUGGCCAAAACGCUUGCAGAGGAAGAAGCAUCGGAGCGCUUGGCCGCUGCCGAGAUGCUGUUUGAUUUGUCGGCAACUGGUGGUGAAGUUAUGGCAAUGGACAGUAUGCAACCGGAAAAUGCGGAAGAAGCUCCCGAAAAAGAUUCGAUGGCAAUAGCGGACAGUGAUGCUCAGCUGUUCACGCUAACGCUGGACGAACCGCUCGAUCGUAUCCCAAUACGCGAGUUCAUACGGAUCUGUCUGCGCGCGACCGUUCCCUUCUGUCUGUACUGUAACCAUGCCCGACGUAUCGCCGUCAAUGGCCGGCAACUCGUGCUGCAUAUAAUUGCGAUGCAUCGGUUCCAGGCGACGGUGAACAGCAUCACCGGCGAGGAGCUGCUUCCCGAGACGAUUUUGCAGCGGUUUCUCAACACCCUCGACGAGCUCGGGACGGAGCAGGCCUACCUGAACGUGGAAACGUUCGACAACUCCUGGACGACGGAGCAACGGACGGCGGUACCGUUUGUGAAGGUGUUUGAGUGUUUCCAGUGUCGCUUCAGCACGGUGGUGCACAAGGAGCUGUACCUGCACAACCGCAAGAUGCAUCAAAAGUCGGUACUGCUCUGUCUGAUGUGCAAGGGCAACUUCUUCAGCUACAGCGAGCUGCUCUGCCACAUGUGCCCGGGCGUGUCCAACCAUACGACCGCGCUGGAUUACAUGUUCCGAUGCUGCGUCUGCAACGUGGACGGCAUACCGUCCGCCUUCCGGCUGAUGGUGCACCUGCGCAAACGCCACUACGCUUGUGAUGUCUGUCUGGAGGAGUGCGUGGAUCAGAGCCGGCUCUCGAACCACGUGUGGAAGCACAAGCUGCACCAUUUGUGCUACCGGUGCGGCAUCGGCUACCGCAACAAGGCGGACAUCUUGAAGCAUCUGUUCUGGAAGCACGGCACCGAGGGUGUGCUGUGCAAGCGGUGUCUGCAGAAGAAGUGGCCGCACGUGUAUCACUUCUGCGUACCGCCGGCCCAGUUCGUGUGCGAGGUGUGCCAGGCAACGUUUAAUCGCUCGGUAGCGCUGAAGGUGCACCGGCGCCUGCACAAUGGCGAGGCGAAGUAUCCGUGCACGGAAGAUGGCUGUGAAAAGCGGUUCAUUUCGAAAAAGCUUCUGCUGAAGCACGUGCACAGGCAUGACUUGGAGAAAGCGGAGACGGAGAAGGAACAGCUCGCUGCAAGCAUGGAUACGGAAGCUGCCUCAGCUGACGAUGGAAACGCUCAUGAUGCGACACAGGAAGGAUCGGACCCGAAAAGAACGAACGAAGACGAAGCAAAUGCAGCCGAUGCCAUUAAAACAGAACCACUGCCGGACGACAACGCAGAAGGUGUUGCUAACAGUUCCGGGGCUACAAUUGCCGAAGGACAGGGCGCUGAUGCUGGUGAUAGAAAAGAUCUACCGAUGGAAGAAUGUGCUGACAAGGACACGAUUAAAAAGGAAUCAGCCGAAGAUGCCGACAGCGCAAACCCGUUGGAGGGCAAAGAUGGCAGUGGGUCCGCGGAUAGCAAGGACCAGCUUUCUGAGGAUUCGAACAGAAAGGAAGAAUUGGCGAAAGAGCAAGCACCAGAAGCGGCAUCGGCUGCGGUGGAAGCGAUGGACGUCUCAACACCGGCGAAGAAGUCAAAGAAGAAACGGAAGGCAAGGGACGACGAUAAAUCUGUGGUCGAUCUGAUGAAUUUGCCCGCGUUGAACCUUUCCGAGAGUGACAGUAGUGACGAUUCGGAUAACGAAAACUCGAACGCAAGUUUCAACUCGCGACGAUUUGGGGACUGUAUCGAAACGGAAUCCGGUGCUCUCCGUGACGAUCCAAUGGAGUCUAAAGUGGAUGGUGUGAAUCUUAUGCACGGCGAGGAUGCUGUCGACCGCGAACAAACUCCGGAAGAAGGCCUGCAGCAGAAAGAGGGUGCAGCAAACGAAGACGACCAAGCGGAGCGGAGUGAGAAUGCUUCGCAAGAGCUGGCGGCACCGCUGGACCCGAUUGCAAACAUCUGGAACAACUUCAAGCGCUACCAGGCGAAUCAUCGGACAGCCAGCCGGAAACAGUCGGCGGACGAGGAGCAGCGAUUGGAGGACGAGCUAGUGGAGCGAAUGCUGAAAACAACGAUACUGCAUGUGUCACAAUCGGACCACGAUUACUGCAUGAUGUUUAAGCCCAUUUUGUCCGAGGCGGAGCUGGAAGCAGAGCUGCAAAGCAAACCACAGCAAGAGUCACUCCUGCUGAAAGGUGGACGAGAUGCGGAAGAGAACGUGGAAGAGGGUCGCCGUACGCCCGAGGCGGCUGUCAAGAGUUCGAGCAAGCGCAAUGACGACCAAUCGUCCGACAGCGAGGACAGCAGCGAUUCUGAUUCAAGCUGUGAAUGUGGCUCGAACUGUAGUUGCAGCUCAAGCUCCAGCAACAGCUCCAGCUCCAGCUCGGACGAUUCCGACAGCUCCGACAACGAAGACGCACGAAAGGGUAGCAAGAAAGGGACGGAUCAACCUAAGAAGGAAGAGGAUGAAGCUACCUCACCGACCGUUUCAGCUGCCGAGGCUGUCGCCCAACCGGUGCCGGAACCGGAAGAGGUGGAGGAGCUGCCACCGCCCGAGCCCGUCGAUCCGGACAGCGUGAUCGUGGAUUCGGAUUUGCACACGGACGAGUCGGAAACGGACGAAGAGUUUUACGACGAGCAUCCGCAGAAGCUGGCCAACCAGCUGCUGGCAGAGAAACGGCGCCAGCUGCUGGCGCAGACGGGCGCCUCGAUGAACUACGGCAUGGUGGAAAACAGCCGCCCAUCGACACCGUCGCUGCCGCCGGAGGAGGUGGCACCGGGCAAGAAGAAAGUGAAGCCGAAGAAGCGCAAACGGGAGAGGAAGUCCUCCAAGCGGUUCAUGUCGCCGGCGGGUAGCACGUUCGUGGAACAGCAGGUGCCGGUCACCAACGCCACCCUGUCCGCCGUACCGGCGAUGGAUGUUGUGCCGUACGUACCACAGCACAUCCCUUACCAUUGGCCGCAAGGAGAGCAACAGCAUCAUCAGCAGCAUCUAGCUGGCUUUACGUCGCACGGCUCCGCAGAGAUGGGACCAGCUGCAGUGGCGGCACACUCCGUGCACACCCCUAACCAGCCCCAGCAAAUGCAGCUGGCGUCAGCGAUGGCACCGUUGGAGAUACCGGCCGUACCACCAGCACUGCCCGUUCAGUCCGCCCUGCCAGCAGCCGUCGUCGCCGGCGACGAUCUGGGCAAAAUCAGUGCCCCUCGUCUCAGCACGGGCAAUAGUUCGGAAUCGGACGCACCGCUCAAGCGAUCGCAACGCAGCCGUAAGCCGAACAAAUUCUACGGCUACACGAGCGAUGACGAGAGUGCGGCCGCUUCGCUACCACUCCCAUCCGGCUUAACCCUGUCAACUAAUCCGGAAAAAUCGAUCCUCUCGCUGAUGAAGCCAACACCGCCACCGAACCUGGUGUGGAGCAAGGAGGAUCUUCCCUCGCCCCCAACAAAGUCCAGCAAAACGGCGGGUGGUGCUGGCGCCAGCAGCAAAGCGACGUCGGGCCAGCGGCGCAGUAUCGAUCACCUGACGCCGGUGUCAUCGCGGCGAAACUCCGGCAUCGGUAUGACACUGGAAGAGCUGGGCUCGGUGCCUCCAGCAGCUGCCGCCUUUGCCGAGCAGCAGUACCCGACCGUCCAGCAGCUCGCGACGCCGACGGUGAUGAUGCCGUCGUUCGAUGCGAGCACUCCCACCACCCCGAGCCAUCCGCCGCUGCCAAAGUUGAAGCUUUCGCUGGGUAAAAAAUCGUCCGUCGCUAGCGUUACGCCCAAGGGUGUAAGGCAGCCGGCGGCCAACAGCCGACGCCGCAAACCGGCGACACCCCGCACACCGAAAGUGAAGACACCCAAAUCGGCACCGCCGAUGGGGCUGAGCCUGCAUGGUUCGUCGAUGCUGCUACCGACCGGUACCCCGGGAACGCCCGGUCCCCUGUCUGCCCCGCUCAUACCGGCUGCCGGGGGCGUUGCAUCGUCCGCCCUGUACCAAGCGCCGACCCUGUCUGCCGCUGAGCCACGGCCCAAAAUUCCUCCGAUCGGAUCGUUUCCCAGCAUACAGACGGAUCUGUUCCGGCCGAAUCAAAUUCGCGUGCCGGCCGGGUGGCGCGCCCCCAAGGAGGGUGAAUCGGUGUACUGUUACUGUCGCGCGCCGUACGACGAGGUGUCGGAGAUGAUUGCCUGCGACGAUGACAACUGUCGGAUCGAAUGGUUCCACUUCGAGUGUGUCGGCAUCAUUAUGCCACCGAAGGGCAAGUGGUUCUGUCCGGACUGCAAGCUAAGACAGGUGCAGUCGGGCACGGUACUGUCGACGGGCUUGGAGAGCAUGGAAGAAGGUGGUCAAAGUGCAACGACGGGGCAUGCUGUUAGUGGUGACGGGGGAAUGUCGUCUUCCUUAGCAGUAGCAACUUCAACGAAUGGUGGACCCAGCUUAGCACAACCCUCGUCCGUUUACACUCACUGGGGUCAGCCACAGUAAGGGGCAGGAAGGAUGGAAAACAGAGAAACACGCUUAUUAAGUAACCAGUGGAGGGUAUCAUGUUCCUCCCAGGAUAGGCAACACCUCGCCAGUGCAUCGGUCAACGCGGUGAGCCAGCUGGAAAGCUGGAGGCGCGGUGGUAAGGUUUAUCAGGCACGCCGCCGUAUCGAGCGAGCAGAGCAUCCGUUGUUUAGCUUUAUGUUUUUGAGGAACGUUAGGUUUAGUUUAGGCUAAGCUAUUAUACUUUUUUGUGGUAGGGCGGUUGGCUUAUGAUACACGUAGUUACGAGCAUAAUGUAACAUUGUCAGCAGUGGAGCGGUUUACUGUUGGGCCAACAUGUACCGGGUGCAAUGUGACCGUAAGCGCUUCAUGAAAAAAACAGUAGUAAUCCACCAUCCGCGUACUGCUGUUUCGUGGUAGAGUGAUCUAGAAGGCACAGCAUUAACCGUAGAAUUACCUAUAUAGGCAUGUGUGUGAGUGUGCGUGUGUGUACGUGUGGAUGUGAAACGUGUGUGUGUGUGAUAUAGCAAUUCCUAGCAAAGAGUGAGAAGGUGAGCAAACAAUACAAACAAAAAGAGAGAGCGAGAGCAAAGCAAAAGAAACAAAACUUUAAUUGGCGUUUACUUAAAUCGUCGCGUGCACUGAAACAGGGAAAACAUACAAACACACAAUAGAAAACGAAAAAGAGACAAGAAAACUGCAGGACCUUUUACAGCAACGGGGGUCCUGCUUGCAAUUGUGGCAGCAAUAUUUAGUCCUUUUCCUUUCGACCGCUCCUUUCCACUGCACUGAAAUAAAUACCCACACACACCCAUACACGCAGCAAGCGAAGAAAAAGCGCCAACGGGGGCGGUAGAACGUGUCUAGAAAUGCCGGAAUGUUUGAUCUCUCUGCGCGCGCUGGAUUAGUGAGGGAAUAAAAUCUAUGAAGCCAA